CGGGACGGGCGCCACUCUCGCUUCUCUGGCACCAGUUGGUUUUUUGUUUUUUGUUGUUCUAAUUUCCCCUGAAGAUUUCCUGGCUGAAAAUGCAGGACCAGCGCCCCGAGACAAGAGAUGCCCGAGGGGCCUGGCUCGGUGACCUGGUGGAGGCGGCGGAGAGGGCUUCGGUCAGCGAGCCCCCCCAGGGGAACGGGGGGGCUCACGCACCCGGGAGCAGGGGCUGCGACGAGGAGGCGGCGAAAACAGCCGCCUCUGCCCUGCCCCGGCCGGAGGGCAAAGCCAGAAGCGCUGCGGGCUCGGCCGCUGCGGGGGAACCCGGCUCCUCGGACGGCAGCCCCUGGGGCUCCACGGAGCACAACAGCUCCUGGGGGGACUUUGAAGGCUUCAGCGAGGCUUCGGACAAGUCCGACACUUUCAGCAGCCUGGACAUUCUGGAGCGCUGGGCAGCACCGGGGGCGCGGGGAAGUGAUGCGGACCUAAAUGGAUGUGUCACAACCCCUUGUGGCUGUCUGCAGACUGAGAGCUUACCCUGCAUGGGGGAAACCGCGGCUGCUUCACCUAGUAAGGCCAAUCUCAGCUAUGAGAAUAUUUUUAAGCUUGUCUUUCAAGAAGUACCAGUACAACAAAUGACUGAGGAUAUUUGCACCUUACACCAUUUUCUAGAAAAACAUAAUGAAGAAAAUACUAGCUGCAAAUCUGUAAAGAAGCAAUUUUGCUCUGAGUCCCAAAAACUGUGGAGGAUUCUCCAAGAAAAAGAUGGCACAUCAACUUCAAAAUGCCUCUGGAGUAAAUCUCAUUGCCAAGACAAUUUCUUACUUGUUCUUGGAAUAGAUGCUGCUCAAAAAGAUCUUUCAGGAGGUAAGAAUCACGUUCUGGAAGAUUCUAACCUGAAAGAGACUGAAGAGUUAACAGAAGUAAAUGGCUUUAAUCUUAAUAAUUGCAAGGCACUAAUUCAAACCAAGCUCUCUGGAUCCUCAGCUCCCCGACACAGCAGCCUGUUUAUGUACAACUUGUUUUUGAAGAAGACUCCUUCCAGUGGAAAUAUGCAAUACAUAACAAUUCCAAGAAAGAAAAAACUUUUUACUGCCCGGAAUCUAAAAAUGAAAUUUUUUAAUAGUGAUGUUUGCUAAAGAAAAAUACUUUUUAUCUUUGAGGAAAAUCUUACAUUUUGCUACUGAUUUGGUACUGGGAACUGGAAAUCAUAGACAUCUUUGAGGUGAUAAACUAGAAAUUCUCAGCUGUAUUUUCCUAUGGUUACCAGUUUGCAAAUGAAUUAGUCAUGGGUAAAAAUCAAGACUUUUCUUUGAUGAGCUUGCUCUCCAUUUUUAAAUGUACUAUUUUCUGGCCACCCCCCAACUUGCCACUAGCAAAUGAAGGCUUCUUCUACAAAUUUUGCUUUAGUUUUCUAGUCAACAAAUAAAUACCCAGGCAAAUCCUUGAUAAGGAAUGCACUGCCAAUUUAAAGCUUAGGGAUGCCAUAUAUUUCUUUAUCAAAGUUACCAGCCCCCUGCUCUCAGGUAGCUGUUGGAGAUGCAGGCUUUGGUGGCCUGCUUUUGGGGCUCAUUCCAUGGUAGCAGCAUGACAUUAAAGAUCACAGAUGGCUGAGGGAAAAAACCAGCUCUUCGAUGGCUCCCCAAUGUCUUGACUCAUUUGUUGACCUUUUGUUGAUGACUAGUAGAAAUGAACAUUUUUAGGAAAGGUUCCAGCUGUGACUAGAUGUCCCAAAAUGUGAAUAUUUUUCAGUGUCAGCCUGUUCUGCUUAGUUCUUUUCUUUAUUUUCAGGUGACAUACUGUGGCUAAGCCAGAAUAAUGUCCCUGUGGAGAUGUCUGCUUAAAUGCUAUAAUGCUUGUUUGGAAUAUGUUAAAAUAUUGUACAUAGUAGGUUUAAAAUAUGUUCUAACUAAAAGAUGAGGGAAAACCUAAAGGUAUCUCCCCAAAGUAUCUUAAUCAUAACUUAAGCUGUUUUUCCCUAAACUAUUUGUUUUUAAGGGUCUUUCUGGAGACACCUCAAUCUUCUGUUUAGACAUAAAACUCAGUGCUGCGUGUUGUGCACUAAACCUGGGAUAACUUGACAUUUUCCUAUGUAACUGCUGGCCUUGACAAAGCAGCACUCAUGGGCAACAGUUUUAUUCCAUUUUACACUUUGUUUUACGGAACAUCCAAAUGAAAACUUUCUCCAUGUCUCCACUGAAGAAUCAUCCCUGUUAAAAAUGGCAAGAGCCAACAAAUUCACACUGACUUUUGUAACAUUUUAUCAAAUAAAGUUCCCUGAAUAAAC